AUGAUAAGUAUUGUCAUAAGAAUAUGUCUCAUUUUAUUUAUUUUUUUAAAUUUCAGGUACGAAUUCAGGUUAAGAGAUUUCGUUCGUUUGAAAAUGGCUUUAGAUUACACGCCGGUACCUACCAUAAGACCCUAUCCGAAUUUCAAUGCCGCCGAAGAUGGUACAGCUUUACGGGAAGCCAUGAAAGGAUUUGGAACAGAUGAAGAAGCCAUUAUUGGAAUUUUAACAAAUAGAUCAAAUAGUCAAAGGCAAGAAAUUGCAAAAUUUUUCACCGAAGAAUACGGACGAAAUCUUUUGGAAGAUUUAAAGAAAGAAUUGGGAGGAAAUUUCGAAGACUUAAUACUCGCUCUAAUGAUACCUCCUGUCGAAUAUUUGUGCAAGCAACUGAACAAAGCCAUAAAAGGUUUAGGCACGGAUGAUUCUUGCCUAAUCGAAAUCCUUUGCUCUCGAAGCAAUCAACAAAUUCAAGAAAUAGUCGACUGCUACGAAGCCAAAUACAAUCGGCCGUUUGCCGAACACUUGUGCAGCGACACUUCUGGAGAUUUUCGCCGUUUUUUAACGUUGAUCGUAACCGGAGUUCGUAAAGACGCGACCAACGUGGACCCGGAUGCUGCACGAGAAUUGGCUGAGAAACUUUACGCUUCCGGCGAGGGAAAACUAGGAACGGACGAAGAAGUUUUCAACAAGAUAUUCGCACACGAAAGUUUUCCACAACUCAGGCUCAUAUUCGAAGAGUAUAAGAAUAUCGGAGGUCGUACGAUAGAACAGGCAAUUAAAAAUGAAUUAUCCGGAAACAUGAAGGAAGCCAUGUUGGCAACAGUCGAGUGCGUACAACAUCCUCCGACAUUUUUUGCCAAACGAUUACAUUCGGCCAUGGCGGGAAUGGGAACAGAUGACGUCACACUCAUUCGAAUAAUCGUUUGCAGAAGCGAAAUUGAUUUGGAAAAUAUUAAACUCGAAUAUGAGAGACUGUAUGAGAAAACAUUGGAAAGCGCUGUGAGAAGCGAAACUCACGGACAUUACAAACGAGCAUUGUUAUCAAUUAUCAACGCCAAAGCACAAGACGAAUAA